AAAGAACCAACAAUAACUGAAGUACAAGAGGAACUUCCAAAAAAAAACAUUUCUGUUCCAAACUUGGAAGAAAACCCCAAGGAGAAUGCUGAAAACCUAACUAAUCUUGAUACAAUGAUGAUAUAUACAGAAGAGGUAACUAAGAAGAAUGAUGAAACUGAUGACAAGCUAAAAUCUUUCUACAUCUAA